AUGAAAGGUCACGUCGCCGCUUUUGCGCUGCUUGGUGGCAUCGUCGGUGCUGUUGACACGAGAAAUGUUUACCAAGAAGACCCUGCUACUUGGUGCAUCACUUAUCUUUCAACCUACCUUGCUCCUGUAUCAUAUCAAAGCGCCUUUCCUCAUCCCUCUGAGAACUCUUCGGACUCCAAACCCAUUGCGACAGCCACAACUCGAGAUACUAUUCUACCUUCGUCUAUUGAUGACGUGAUUUCUUCAACAGAAAGUGAUAGCGCUCCGACCUCAGUGGGCUUCGAGCCAGCUGGUGAGCGCAUCAUUCUUCUCAUUACACAAUCUGGAAGCAACACCAAGCGACAGAUUGGAGGCUUCGUUGGUGAUGGCAAUCCUGACGUUUGCAACUUUGCUACUGUCUUUGUUCUUGGCCAGCGUCGUUUAUCUCAGAAUGGUAUACCCAUUGCGUAUCUUGGUGAUGACUACCAAAAGCUUGAGUCGUCAUCUGCGUUACCAAUUGACGCGGUCACGGCGACCUUCAGCAGUGAAGGAGGUGUCUUGAGCUUUGUAGACUCGGCCUUACCAAACGGUCAAGCUUCGUUUUGCCAAACCUCGACUGAUGGUCAAGUCUACAUGACGUUUAUAUCAAAGCCAUCUGGCUGCUUCCCGGUGACUCUCAAUGUAUAUGCAGCGGAGCGAUGCGUCAAUGGUAGAUUGGAUGGCCUCGAUACUACAACUACAGGCUUCCAAAGCAUUGUAUCCAGUGUAUCUGACAUCACCCGAACUGAGCAGACUAGUGUGUCCGACACAGACUCGGUUUACCAGACAGAUAUGUCUACCGCCGGAAAUAACAUUGUUCCAACAUCCAUUGAGAGUCUGUCGUAUGGUACAGAAAUGUCUCCAGAUACAUCAGAUGAGCCCACUCUUGUCCCGACGUUUGUCGAAACAGGCUCAUUCACAAGUGAUGUUCCACUUGAUCCUACCGACACGCCUAAAUUACCCACUUCCGAGUCUUCUGGUGUGGACGUUUCGACUUCCGAAUCACCUGAGGAGAUCCAUACAUCGGAACCCACUAGUACGCCAUCAACGCCGAUCACCGGUGAUUCUCCCACAGCAACUCAAGCUGGGCCUGGCGGCGCCAUUACGAACGCCGUGGCCAACGGCAGAUUUGCCAAGGGUCUAAAUUCUUGGUCUGUGGAGGGUUCUGCCAAGCAACAAAGCUCUGACUGCUAUAAAGCAGACGGAAGUACUGAUAAUGGAUGUGCGGCACUGGGGUCCUCCGCUAUCCCUGCCGAUGCACAGAAGCGAGCAUUGGGUGGCUUAGGAAGCAUUUCCCAGACACUUGGCAAUCUUGUUCCAUCCAAAACUACAAGUUACACUGUUCAGCUUUACUAUGUUGUCAUCACUGUUGGACGACAGUCAUGCAGCAUAAAUGCCUACCUGGGGAAUCGCCAGUUCUAUACUAUGGGCCUCUUUAGCGGUGGUGGUGUGACAGGCUCGUGGAAUAGGGUUCUUACUACAGUCAUGGCAGACUCGCGAAGUGCCAACUUCGGCAUCUCCAUGAGUUGUUCUGGCAAUGGAUUUGCGUUGCUAUACGUCGACUCGGUCUUUGUAUCAAAUCAGGUAACACCUGACAAUAUCGACCAAUUUGAUCUAGACUUUGGAGACGGGGGUGAUAGUCCCGAUACUCCGACCGAGCAGCUGACGUCCGAGCCACCAAGUACCCCAACACAGCGACCCGUUGAUCCGGUUACCUCUGAAACGAGACAUAAUAUCAAUACCUCUAUUGAAAUGCCUACAUCCGGUCAUUUGGAACCAACAACUCGACAUGUUCCACAGAACUCGACUGAUUGGCUGCCUCGUCCUGCGACGAGUACUGGCAGUACAGAGAACACGCCUGUGUCGAAGCCAACUAGCAUUCAGCCACCUCGCGAGGAGACUACUGUUGAUUUGGAACCAACAUUUGCCGACGAAAGCACUACAGAUAAGAUCGAGCAAACUUCAGAUGGGUUCCCAGAGUCGUCAGAUACUAGACUUGAGCCAACAGAAGCCCCAUCAUCAAUAGCACAAGAAACUACCUCUACCUCAGAAACAACUACUACUUCUGAAGAACCCAGCCCAACUUGCCAGUACAAACAUGGUGAAAUGUGCAACUUCGAUCGAUUUAACUACCCCAAAGAUGCUCUUUGUUCAUGGGGAGGUUACUAUAAGGGCGACGUCUGGACCGAGUCACGUAGGGACUAUCCUGCCCAGGGCAGACUGGAGAACUGCAUAGCCAUAUGCCAACAAUCACGUUAUCUUACAUUGCAUUUCUCUGGUAGAUACACCGGGGUGUCUUACCAGUGA